UUCUCUCCCCGGGGAGGCGUGAGGCGGCCCCGCGGAUACAGAUCCAUGUGUGUGCCCGCGCGUGUGUGCGCGCGUGAAAAUUGCCGAGAAGGGGAAAAUCACAGGACUUCUGCAAAUACCGACUGAGAAAUGGUAAUUCAUCCGCCGCCGCCGCUGCCUUCCGUUUGCCCGUGCUCUUGAGAUCUCCGGUUUGGAUUCCUAUGGAUUGACAUUUCUAUGAAGAAGUCUGGGAAUCAAACUGGAAAUUCUCCUAAUUUUUUGCACCCCCUCCCCCAACUCCUGAUUCAUUUGGAAGUUUUCAGAGCAGCUCUAACUGGAGAGUUCUGAAGAUUGAUGGAAUCUUUUUGCCUUUUCAUUUGUUUUCACAAAAAAGGAAACUUGACAGAGGAUCAUGCUGUCCUUAAAAAAUACAAGUAAGUUCUUUGCACAGGAAAUUGGUUUAAUGUAACUUUCAAUGGGAACCUUUCGAUUUUUACUUUAAGUGCUUUGGAGUAAGUUUAAUUUCCAGGCAGUUUAAUAUAUUCUUCUAAGCGUGUAACUUGUAGUGUGUGUGCCCUGCUUUCAACCAGCGUAUAGAGGGAAACGCACCUGAUUUUGACUGAUUAGUUUUUUUAACCUUUCAGCAUCACGGAGGAGGUAGACUGAUAUUAACAGUAAUUAAUAAUGUGCUUCAUGAAAUAAAGAUCCGAAAGGAAUUUAAAUAAAAAUUUCCUGCAUCUCAUGCCAAGAGAGAAACACCAGAAUCAAGUGUUCCGCGUGAUUGAAGACACCCCCUCAUCCAGGAAUGCAAAGCACAUCCAAUGAAAUAGCUGGAUUAUAACUCUUCACCCCUCCUGCGGGGCCGUGGGGCAGGCAGCGGGGGGCGAGAGGUGCUGUGGGGACCCGGCUGCCCUUCCGCUGCGGAAGGAUGGCGCACGCGGGGGGAACAAGCUACGAUAACCGGGAGAUCGUGAUGAAGUACAUCCACUAUAAGCUGUCGCAGCGGGGCUACGAGUGGGAUGCGGGAGAUGCGGGCGCCGCGCCCCCCGGGGCCGGCCCCGCGCUGGGCAUCCUGUCCUCCCAGCCGGGCCGCGCGCCCGCCCCCUCCAGGACCUCCCCGCAGCCGCCCCCGGCCGCCGCCGCCGGGCCUGCGCCCAGCCCGGUGCCACCUGUGGUCCACCUGACCCUGCGCCAGGCCGGCGACGACUUCUCUCGGCGCUACCGCCGCGACUUCGCCGAGAUGUCCAGCCAGCUGCACCUGACGCCCUUCACCGCGAGGGGACGCUUCGCCACGGUGGUGGAGGAGCUUUUCAGGGACGGCGUGAACUGGGGGCGCAUCGUGGCCUUCUUCGAGUUCGGCGGGGUCAUGUGCGUGGAGAGCGUCAACCGGGAGAUGUCGCCCCUCGUGGACAGCAUCGCGCUGUGGAUGACCGAGUACCUGAACCGACACCUGCACACUUGGAUUCAGGACAACGGAGGCUGGGACGCCUUUGUGGAGCUGUAUGGCCCGAGCAUGCGGCCCCCGUUUGAUUUCUCCUGGCUGUCUCUGAAGGCACUGCUCAGUCUGGCCCUGGUGGGAGCUUGCAUCACCCUGGGUGCCUAUCUGGGCCAUAAGUGAAGUCCACAGGCCUGCCACAAACAAAUAUGCAAAAGGUUCAUGAAAGCAGUAGAAAUAAUAUGCAUUGUCACUGAUGCACCACUGAAGUGAAGGUGUGGUCUCUUAAAAAGAAAAAAACAACCAACCAACCAACCAAGCAACCAACACCACCACAAACAGCUUUCAGGCUCAACGUUGAAUCAGCUACUUACUGCCAAAGGGAAUACAGUUUAUUUUUUACAUUAUUAAGAAAAAUAAGAUUUAUUUAUUUAAGACAGUCCCGUUGAAUCUCCUGUCUUUGGAAACCCCACCACUAAUUGCUAAGCCCCACCCGGACGGCUCUACCUGGCUCUCUUGUGCCUGUAAACACUGAUUUUUGUUCCAUACUGCUGGCUGGACUGACUCAACCAGCUGAAAAGCAAACAAACUGACAAAGGACCUGA